AUGUCGCUCGCUGCAGCCGCCACCGCACAAGCGCAAGCGUCCACGUCCAACUUUGUCGCCGAGCACCUCAAGUCGCCCGACGACCUUAGCAAGAUCGUCGCGCUGCGCAAGAAGCUCCUCAAGGAGCAGGCCACCCUCGACGCCAAGCUUAAGUCCGGCGCUAAGGAGCAGCUCGAGGCGACGCGCGAGGGACUUCUCAAACUUCAGGCCACAAAGAAGGACAUGGCUGGCAUCCGUGAGGCGUUUGCCGAGAUCGAAGCGCUCGCAGACGGCGCCGACAGCCGCGGCGCAAAGACCAAAGGGGCCGAGGCGUUCGCCAUCAUCACCGAGGUCUCGCAGAUCCAUCGCAAUUUUGUCCAGACAGCAACCAUGCUCCAAAAGCUCUCGGCUCUGCCGGGCCAGGUCGACGAGCUGUCUGUUUGGCUCGAGCACGACCAGGAGGACGCCAUGGGUCCAGCGACGUAUCUCUUGCCCCUCCAUUUCCAUCUGUCCAAGCUGGAGGCCUUUCGAAACGAGACAGUCCAGACGGCACGGCGCAGUGCCGCGGCCGACGUCCAGAACCAGAUCGCCGACUACUUUGCGCCGCUUGACAACCUCGUCAAGGCAUUCGAAGAGCAUCUCUUUGCGCUCGGCAGGAACAUCAUGGACCUCGCGCGAGAAGGCAGGACCAACGUCGUUGUCAAGGUCCUCAAGAUCGUAGACAAGGAGAGCAAGGAGGAUGAGAAGGCGGCAGCGAUCCGGCUCGCCAAGAAGGCCAACCUGGAAGGCGCCUCGCGCUUCCGGUCGGUCGUGGCGAACGCGCGCGUCAUCAAACUCUACCGACCAAAGGUGCUCGGCGGCAUGGAGCGCGCAGCCAAGGAGCUCUUCGAAGAGGCAUGGAACCGCUUCGCCGCAGAGAACCCCAUGGGCCUGCUAAACAAUCUCGACUGGAUCUACAAGGACCUAGAGCUGGUCAAAGAAGAGAUCGCUCCGCUCUUCCCGGAGGACUACAACAUCUUCCGCUGGUACGUUAAGGCGUACCACAAGAUCCUCGGCACCAUGCUCAAGGACCGCAUCCUCGCGACGGACCCGGAAGCGUCGUCGCUUUUGACGCUGUACCAGUUCACAAAGGAGUACGAGUCAACCAUGAAGCAGGAGCUUGGCGUCGAUGUAGACUGGCUCAAGCCGUCGCUGCUCGGCGGCAAGGAGCAGGAGAUCAUCGACGACUACCUCUCGCUUAUCAUCAAGAAGAUCGACGAGUGGAGCGCGAACCUCAUGUCGGACGAGGUGCGCGCGUUUGUCGCACGCGAGAACCCACCGGACGAGGACACCGAGGGGCUGUACGGCAUGCAAGGCGCCGUCAUCCUCUUCCAGAUGGUCAACCAGCAGAUGGACCUCGCCGCCGACAGCGGGCAGGGCUCAAUCCUGACGCGCGCAAUCGACCAUGCGUGCAAGGCGAUGGCAAAUUGCCAGGCGACGUGGAUGCGCGUUCUAGAGAGCGAAUUCAAGAAACAGUACGAGGCCAAGAACCCGGACGAGAUCGUCGGCGGCUUGGUCGAGUACGUCAUUGCGCUCGCCAAUGACCAACUCAAGAGCGCCGAUCACGCCGAGGCGCUGCAGAACCGCAUGGAGCCACUCGUCAGCCAAAAGUACAAGGUGCAGAUUAGGGAGGCCAUCGACAAUGCCAUCAACGGCUUCCUCGACGUCAGCAAGCGCUGCACGCAAGUGCUCGUCGAGCUCGUCUUUGCCGAUCUCCGCCCGGCUGUUAAGGAGCUGUUCCAGUUCCCUGCCUGGUACGCUGAGGGUACUACCACGCUCAUUACCGAGACGAUUCGGGACUAUUCACAGGACUAUGCGUCGCACCUCAACCCGAACCUGUUCGAGGUGCUGCAGGACGACAUGAUCGAGCGCUUCCUGCUCGCGUACAUUGGAUCGCUGCGCAAGUGCUCCAGGUUGCGCAUGCCUGGCGCUGCGGAUCGCAUGCGCCAGGACACCGAGGACGUCAUGACGCUCUUUACCGGCUACGGGCGCGAGGAGGAGAUGAAGGAGAAGCUAGAGGUGCUCAAUCAGAUCAUCGGUCUGCUCACCGCAUCGUCGACCAUGGCCUUCCUGUCCUACUGGAGCUUCGCCAAGGCGCAUGGCCCACAGCUCGCCUUUGUCGAGCACAUCUGGCGGCAGCGGGACGACCUGGAGCGCUCCGACGUCGCGGCGAUCAUGGAGAGCUGCAAGCGCAAAGUCGCCGCUGAGGGUCUCACCGAGAUCCCCGAGACGGGCGCGACGAUCGUCCAUCGGGCCAUGCAGGCGUACAGCGCUAGCGCCUCGACGGGCGGCGCGAUCGGCGCCGCGUCAAGCCUGUUUGCCAACGUCGUCACCAAAGUCGGAGGGUCGAUGAUGGACACCGCCACCGCUGCCGGUGGAUCUGGCGGCUGGCGAGGCUUGCUCGGCGGUGGCGGCAGUAGUGGUAGCGGCGCAAGUCGGAUACCGCCGUCGGCGUGA